CUCUCUCUCUCUUUCUCGCUCCGCUGCGCUAUGCUUGCACACGCGAGGAAGCUACUUCUCUGCUCGGUAGUCACUCACGUGUAUUGACUGUCCGUAUAUAUACCUGGCCACCGUCGAAGGAACUUGCCCAGUCGCGUGCCGCCUGUCGUCGUUCCAUGUUAAUUUCAUUGCCUUCGUUCCAUUACAUCGUUGUCUCUCCCUCGCUCCCUCACCCCUGCUCAUCCUGCGGUGUGUCGCGAUAAGAUUAUCGAGGAUGUGCGCACACCAUCAAGUGGGGAUCGUAACACGAUAGAGAGAGAGAGAGAGAGAGAGAGAGAGAGAGAGAGGGCAGUUUGGCACCUCCGAAAAAUAAUCAACGAGGCUCUCACUACUCAUCAACUCCUGCAACAACAUCUUUCGAUAACGCAGAAAGGCAGAGGGGUGAAGGUGUUCUCAUCAUCCCGCGACAAAAGAGAAAAGAAGCCGAAAAGAAGGCGUAGUUUUCGUGGCUGACGCGAGGUCACCCGCCCGCGAGAAAUUAGGACCUUGGUAUCCGUCGAAGUGUCGGAACACGGCGCGCCGUCGUCGUCGUCGUCGAUGAACUUCUCGUGACAGUAUCCGCGGAAGAGUCAGUUCUCGCCGCUGAAGUCGGUAUUUUUCACGGUGCAGCGCCGGAGCCGCUUUCCAUCGUCGCCGGAGUGAAAUCCAUCCGACGCUCGUCACGUUGGCUCGAUCUUCGGGACCUCGAGGAGGCGAUUCGCACGCGACGUAAAUCCACGACGUCGAUAAGAAACGAUGGUGAGCCUUUAAUCGGCCCCGGAGGAUAUCGUCCGCGGUCAUUGUUCUCCCACCCCCGCCUCUCCGAGUCGCGAGUUUAGACGCGAUCUGACGUAGUUGAAGUCCGCGUUUCACCGGGGAUUGUUUGGCGAAAAAUAUCCGGCUGAUCGCUUUAUAAUCCGCCAAGAUGAUAAGUCCUUAUCUCUCUACGAUAUAAAUGUAGCCUUUGAGAAAAAAAAAAAAAAAACAGGCAGGGCACGAGGAUUCGAGUGGGACUCGCGCGCGCGACCCGCAGCAGAACACGUGCAGCGGCAUUCUGCGCUCCGUAAGAACGGCGGGAAGAAACGAAGAGAGGAGGAUUUUGGACAGACGAAAAGUGAAGUUUAACGACGGUAUACGGAACUCGCAUCUGCCGAGGAGAGAGAGAAAGAGAGAAAGAAAGAAAGAGGGAAAGGAAGGGAGGGACAGAGAGAAAGACGAUGUAAGUGGAGAGUACUAGGUGUGUUCUCUUCGAAAGGUGUCGUCGAAACGAAAAAACAAUCGACUUUCGUAGAUCGAACGUGUCUUCCUGCGUCCAAAUCUUCCGACAGAGAAUAAGAUCGCCAUGGGUCGAGUGGAGGACGAGCAGGCGGCCAACGGCAAUCCCAUGAAGGAAUUUAGCAGCAGUACGAAGAUAGCUCCGACGAUUGGCGAAUAUCGGGAGAAGGAUGAACUGUACGAUCCUUUUGAGCAUCGCGAUAAGCAGGAUACGACCUCGGAUCUGGGCGCCCUGGCGCAUCUCCUGAAAUCCUCCCUAGGGACCGGCAUUCUAGCCAUGCCGAACGCAGUGAGGAACGGCGGGCUGCUGUUCGGCGGAAUCGGCACGAUCAUAAUCAGCUUCAUCUGCGCCCACUGCGUACAUAUUUUGGUGCGCACGUCCCACGUACUCUGCCGACGCACCAAGACGCCGAAGAUGAAUUACGCCGAGACGGCGUACGCGGCCUUCCUCUGCGGACCCAAGCGGGUCAGGCCGUGGGCUAACGCCAGCAAGAUAUUCGUCAACGCGGCGUUAUGCGCGACCUACGUGGGUGGCGCGUGUGUCUACGUCGUGUUCAUUGCCACGUCCAUUCGGCAGGUCGCGAGUUUCCACACCAGGACCAACAUAGACAUACGCAUGUACAUCCUCGCGCUGAUCCCGGCACUGGUGCUGCUGGGUCAAGUGCGCAAUCUCAAGUACAUGGUGCCGUUCUCGAUGUUGGCCAACAUGUGCAUGAUGAGCGGCUUCGCGAUCACGCUGUACUACGUCUUCAGCAACGUCCAGCCGAUCAGCAGCGUCAAGCUAUUCUCCUCGGCGGAGCAGCUGCCACGUUUCUUCGCGACUGUGAUAUUCGCCAUCGAAGGUAUCGGCGUUGUGAUGCCCGUGGAGAACAACAUGCGGAACCCGCAGCACUUCUUGGGCUGUCCUAGUGUGCUCAACAUCACCAUGUCGAUCGUGGGAUGCCUGUACGCCGUGUUGGGAGUGUUCGGCUACCUCAGCUACGGGGAGAAGACGGAAGCCAGCGUCACGUUGAACUUACCCACGGAUCAGCCUCUGGGCGAGUCGGUGAAGAUCCUCAUUGCCGUGGCCGUGCUCUUCACUUACGGGCUGCAGUUCUUCGUGCCGCUCGAGAUCAUGGCUAAUGCCAUAAAGCCCAUGAUCAGCCACAAGUACCAGCCCAUAAGCGAGACAAUAAUGAGGAUAUGCAUGGUCAUGUUAACAGUGAUCAUUGCGCUGCUGGUACCCGACUUGGACCCGUUUAUCUCUCUAGUCGGCGCAGUAUUCUUCUCCGUCCUAGGCAUCAGUAUUCCAGCCAUCGUCGAGACCGUCUCGUGCUGGGAGAGCCAUUUGGGCACGUUGAAGUGGCGACUAUGGAAGAACUGCUUGCUAGUAUUAUUCUCGUUAUUAGCCUUGAUAUUGGGCACGUGGGUCUCAGUCUUAGAUAUAAUAAAUCUUUAUAAGUAAAAUAUAUAAAUAAUC